CCCGAGCUUAGGUGCACCUGAACACAGGGGAUCACAGCUAAGCCAUUUUCACGGUGACCCAAAGUCGUCGUGGAGGCAAAAACCCUUUACCUCCGGGAUCAAAAUCUUGGAGAGACGAAGAUGGCGACAUCGUUUUCCAAAAUCCUGACGAAAUCGAACGCUCAGAGACACUGGUGCUCUACUACAACCAGUAUAUCUGCAUCUCCUUCUUUACCGAAACAAUUCUGGUCAAGACACUUCUCCGCCGUCGCUGACUCUUCCUCGUCUACCUCCGCCGCUCUGGGAAGCCAAUCGAGUUCUUCUGCUCCACCACAAGAGAAUAAACGAGGUUCAAAGUGGUCACAAUUGCUGUUAUUCUUGCCUGGAGCGAUUACCUUCGGCCUCGGGUCAUGGCAGAUCGUCAGAAGAGAGGAAAAGUUCAAAACACUGGAGUAUCAACAGCGACGGUUGAACAUGGAACCAAUGAAGCUAAAUAUAGACCAUCCUCCUGAUAAGAAUCUUGAUGCAUUAGAAUUUAGACGGGUUAGUUGCAAGGGUGUCUUUGACGAGCAAAGGUCUAUCUAUUUGGGUCCACGGUCUAGGUCCAUUUCGGGAGUUACUGAAAAUGGAUUCUAUCUCAUCACACCUCUAAUGCCAAUCCCCGGUGACCUGGAUAGCAUGCAGUCGCCUAUUCUGGUGAAUCGUGGAUGGGUUCCUCGAAGUUGGAGAGAGAAGUCACCAGAAUCCACAGAGGCCGACUUCGCUGCAAACCAGUCAACAAAAGCUGAAUCACCCUCCAAUGAACCAAAGUCCUGGUGGAAAUUUUGGUCUAAGACACCAGUGAUUACCAAGGAACAUGUAUCCGUGGUUAAGCCUGUAGAAGUUGUUGGUGUGAUCAGGGGAGGGGAGAACCCGAGCAUAUUUGUUCCAUCCAAUGAUCCAAGUAGCGGGCAGUGGUUCUAUGUAGAUGUUCCAGCGAUGGCUCGAGCCGUUGGCCUUCCUGAAAACACAAUCUACGUAGAGGACGUCCAUGAACAUGUAGAUCGGAGUAGACCGUAUCCUGUUCCCAAGGACAUCAACACCUUGAUCCGCAGUAAAGUGAUGCCACAGGACCAUCUCAACUACUCAAUAACAUGGUAUUCUCUCUCCGCGGCUGUCACUUUCAUGGCUUACAAGAGACUGAAGGCAAAGCCUACCCGCAGAUAAGCUCUCGCUGAUCAAAGUCAAAUCUUAUUCUUUUUGUCACUUGUCUGCUGAAGUAAUAAUUGCAAUGGAUAACGGGUUUUAGGUUUAAACAUUCAUUAAAAAAAAGGACACAAUGAAAUCCUUACUGUUGUGAUAACUUCAUAGAAAUUUGUAGUUUUCUUUUUCUACGAUGGAAGGAAAGUUCGAACUGGAAGCCAUUUGUAGGUAAAGAAGGUUGCAAUGAAUGCUUGUAGUCACCAUUGUUCUUUCUUCUAGUAGACUAUAGCAGCACACGUUGGUGUUAAUUAUGUAUUACCAAGAAAAAGUCAUUUUCUUAAAGGUAAGAUUGCGGUUUAAGAGAGUUUGUUUGAUUAUAUUUAUUUUGAAA